AUGCUUCACUAUGCCAAGCUGGACAAGUAUUUUGAGGCUGAAGCAGCAAUGACGGCGAUCUACAUCAAGAAUCGUCUACCAUCGCCUACGUGCCAAGAUCAAACCCCGUUCGAGAUCGUCAACGCAUUUCGACCAAGUGUGAAGCAUAUGCGGGUUUUCGGCUGCCGAACAUUUGCGCUGACCCCUAAGGAAAAGAGAUCGAAAUGGGAUCCGAAGGCUCGUGAAGGACUAUUAAUGGGGUACGAAGAAGUGUCAAAGGCAUAUCGCGUUUACGACAUUGAAGCGGACCAAGUGGUGAUAUCUCGCGAUGCCACAUUCGACGAAUCAACGUUUGGUUUCUCGCCGACGCUACCACAAGAAAUGGUUGAUGACACUGCGCUGUAUAUCGAAUCGAUGAACAUCAGCGAUGAGCCUCACCCUAUGCAGUUCAAACAAACUGGAAAACGCAAAAUCCGUUCAAACAGUCAAGAACAAGUUCUACAACGGACACUUCCUGAGCGUCGUGGAACCGGGUUAGAAGAAUCAAGUGCCCCGGAUGACUUUGAAUCACACCAAGCGAAGCGACGAUCAAGCGCUCGAGACAAUCUGGACGAAGAGCGAAAGGGCAGUGACGAAGAUAACGAGGAUGCUACACCUCAAGUCUUUUGGCGAGCGAGUGCCAACGCAGUCGAAGGUACUGACUUGUCUGAGCCGACAACGUUUGGAGAUGCUGUGGUGAAGUCGAUCUCACAAAAUUGCUUGUAUGAGUGUCGAUCUUCCACUUGCCCAGACUUGCCGACUCACGGAGGGGGUACUCCGAUCCGUGCCUUGUUGUAUGACCUUGUGCUCACCUUGUGUACCCGUCGGUUGGGCUGGCUUGAGCUCUUCGUAACGGCCUUGGGAGAUGUCGAUCUCGCUGAGAGGUUGGGUUGA